CAUAGAUAAGUUUAUCUAUUUGCUUACAGGUCACAUCUGAAUUUGUACAAAUUCUACAUUUAUAAAUAAAAGGUCACCGGCCGUAUAUGACUGGUUUGAAAUAUGGGGAAAUAUAUGGUAACGUUGUUUGUUGUAUGCUCAGUUAUUAUUGCAUGUAAAGCAUGUACUUCCGGUUGGGAGUCGUAUGACAGAUCAUGUUACAAAUACUUUGCUGACAGAAAGAACUGGUCUGAUGCAAAGAGGUAUUGCGAAACACAAGGAGCACAUUUAGCGAUAGUUCUGAGCAAUGAAGAAAAUGUAUUUUUAAAAGCACUACUAAGGAGGUCACAUAUAGGAUCAUCCGAUCAGGUUUGGAUGGACGGGGAUGACUUGAAGUCAGAACACAAUUUUGUCUGGGAGAAUACUGGUCAAGGGUUUGAAAUAACCGACUGGGGCCCCAACGAGCCUAACCAGAGUGGGGGUAAUGAGGACUGUCUUUCAUUUUUCGCUUUAUAUGACUUCAAGUGGAAUGACGAACACUGUGACAGUGCCUUCGGCUUCCUAUGCGAAAAGGAAGCUGUUGGUACCGGGGGAGUUAUCGGUUAGAAUUGGCUAUAGCAUGCUAUGAAGUAAUAUGCCAAAUAAAGAUUAUGAUGCUA